UAAGACCCACAAGCCCCCUCCUCCUACUCCGGCCACCCAGGCUCUUAAAUCAUUUGUCAGAAAGCUUGUAGCUUGGGUGACUGAAUUCCGAGGAUGGAGCUAAACAAUCCCAGCAACCAGAGGCAAGAAGAAAAUUCCAUGGGAAGUGAAUGUUUCGUUAUCAGAAAGCGUCCAUGCUUCUUGUUUAGGAAAUUAGGAUUCAUUAUGUCAGUUUUCCUCUGUGGCAUGAUGUUCCAUCCUGCAGUGGGAUAUGAUCCAUUAGAUCCAACUGGCAACAUCACAAUAAAAUGGGAUGUAAUUUCAUGGACUCCAGAUGGAUAUGUGGCUGUGGUGAUAAUGAACAAUUUCCAGAUGUACCGGCACAUCAUGAACCCUGGAUGGACCUUAGGAUGGUCAUGGGCUAAGAAAGAGGUGAUUUGGUCCAUGGUGGGUGCCCAGACAACUGAGCAAGGAGACUGCUCCAAGUUCAAGGGGAACAUACCUCACUGCUGCAAGAAGACUCCGACGGUCGUCGACUUGCUCCCUGGGGUCCCAUACAAUCAGCAGAUUGCAAAUUGCUGCAAAGGAGGGGUGGUUGGAUCCUGGGGUCAGGACCCAGCAGCAGCAGUGUCAUCCUUUCAGGUGAGUGUUGGGCUUGCUGGGACAUCGAACAAGACGGUGAAGCUGCCUAAGAACUUCACCUUGCUGGGACCUGGUCCAGGGUAUACCUGUGGACCAGCCAAGAUUGUGCCAUCCACCACAUUCCUUACACCCGAUCAUCGCCGGAAAACCCAAGCACUCAUGACCUGGAAUGUGACUUGCACCUAUUCACAGUUUUUGGCCUCCAAGAACCCACCCUGCUGUGUCUCCUUCUCAUCCUUCUACAACAGCACCAUCACCCCUUGCCCCAAAUGUGCCUGUGGCUGCCGGAACAAGAACUGCAUCAAAAGCGACUCGAAGCGGCUGACAGGAGCUGGGAUCAACACACCAAGGAAGGACAAUGCUCCAUUGCUGCAGUGCACUCACCACAUGUGCCCCAUCCGCGUGCACUGGCAUGUGAAGCUCAACUACAAGGACUACUGGCGUGCCAAGAUCGCCAUCACCAACUUCAACUACCGCCUGAACUACACCCAGUGGUCCCUUGUCAUCCAGCACCCCAACCUCAACCAUGUCACCCAAGUCUUCAGCUUCGACUAUAAGCCCCUCCUCCCCUAUGGGUCCAUUAAUGAUACUGGGAUGUUUUACGGCAUGAAGUUUUACAAUGAUCUGCUCAUGGAGGCAGGGGCCCUUGGGAAUGUGCAGUCAGAGGUGCUCCUCCAGAAGGACCAGGACACGUUCACUCUCAAACAAGGGUGGGCGUUCCCGCGUAAAGUAUACUUCAAUGGUGAUGAGUGUGCAAUGCCGUCACCAGAUUCAUACCCUUACCUGCCAAACUCUGCUCAUGUAAGUGUUCCAGUCAUGCUGAAGACGUUCGCCACUUCAGGACUCUUGCUGAUGGUAAUGGUGUUGGCAUGAGUGUGAACUUGGGUAAGCUCUUGUUUGAGAUAAUUGUCCCACAAUUUUUUUGACAGCAUAGAUAAAUUUGUUCUCCUGGUGUAAAGUUUGUGUAUUGGUUGAUACAUGGAACUAAAAAAAAUCAAGUUAGCCUGUACCGAAUCACCAAGCAAUAUUGUAUUUGUUUCAUGAGCAUGUGUGAAGAAUGGUUGAGAGAAAGGUUUGAGGGUCUAGAUUCCUCAAGUCUUAAUUGCCCACAGAGGUUCUGUCAAGAGAAACACGUCUCCAAGCAAGCAUUUUGCUCCCAAACUUUCACCACCCGAACUUCCUCUUGUUUUCUCACAGGAUUAGAAAAAGAUUAAGCAUUUGAUAGAUUGGAAAUAGAGAAGAAUUGUCUUUCUUUUUCCAAAAACUGCUUCCUUAUUUUGCUUAUGCAAUGAUUGACAAGAAUUCAAGUAAUUCUCGCAA